GCUAGGUUUUCUCUUGAGUUAGUCAUAUCAAGGAACUUUGUUUUUGUCGUGAUUCCGGAAAGCUAAAUUGCAGUGUACAAUCGCCUACACUCAAAAGAAGUGACUUCUCCAUCUUUCGAGGCCAACUGCGCUGGGCUAAUUAUGGAUGAUGAUAUGGAUAUUCUUGCCGCUCUCAUCGACGAGGAUCUCAACGAGCUCGAGAGGGAUAUCGAGACAGACCAAAACAACGGCACCACGGGAAGUUCAUCAAAACUACAAACUUCAGUUCCAGAAACAGUGAAACCGGAAGAAUCUUUGGGACCAGAGUACAAUGGUGAACGUUCGUUUGAGGCGGCGGAAAAAUUGUCAAGAGACCCCUUGCAAACAGAAUCACCAUCUUCUAGAAAGUUGGCAUCAUCAAGUAAGAGCGAGGAAAAGCAGUCGGAAUUAUCGAGCGUGAACAUCACGAAAUCUCCCACAAGUCAACAGAGCACGAUUACGCCUUCCAGCAAGAAGUUGAUUCUUGAAGCGAGCACAUCUACAAAAAAGUCUGCACCGUUGCUGCAAGAUGUCAAUAUCUUCAAGGAAACACGCAAUGGUGUUGCAAAGCCUUCUGAAGUGCAUACGGGACUUACCGACUAUGAAUCGUCUGACGAUGAAUCCCUUACAUCAUCCGGAAAAGAAGUAAACAGCAUAUUGAAGAAACGGGAAACGGACCGGCGCAAAAAGGAAAAUCCGUUCAAGCCUCACAUGAGCUCUAACGAGCAGGAUGGAUGGUCAAAGGCAAAGUUAGCAGAAGCUACAGCUAAAGCAGUACACAUUCAAAUCGACCCCUUUUCAGGAAUUCGAAUCAGGAACCCUGUUGUUUCUUCGGAUUCUCUUCGCUCGAAAAUGAUUGGUAGAAAGAUGGUCAAGAUAUCCACCGUCGGAAGCUACCUUCAUAAAAUGAAGGACCGCGAAGAGGACUGGGUGACGAUAGCUGUAGUUGUCCAUAAAAGCGAUCCAAAGUCUUCAAAUAAAAGCGGCAAACUAUUUUCGGUCGUUAAACUCGGCGAUUUGCAAAAUUUAGAGAUAAGUGUGCAGUUGUUCUUGUUCAAUAACGUCCACACAGAGCUGUGGCAACGUCUGCAAGAGGGUCGAGUCGUUGGAUUGCUGAACGCUAGAAUGUUGCCGAACCGUGAGGGUUCACAAGAUACAUCACUAUCAAUUGAUCAUGCAGGCAAACUUUUGGAAUUAGGAGACGCUCAGGAUUACGGAACCUGUCAAGGCAGAACGAGGGCGGGACAAAAAUGCAGCAACGUUGUUAACAAAUCACAAUGUGCCUAUUGUGUGUUUCACGUUAAGGCUGAAUUCCAGAAAAUGAGCAGUAAACGACCAGAGUGUCAGUCCAGUUACUCAGGUGCGGACCCAGGUCGGCUUCGGAAGGCGGUAUUUGAAGCAACCGGGGGUGUUUAUGGCGUUCCUAAGGGGAUGGCAGCUUCGAUGACGCGAGCCGAGUUGCGCGCUUCUCUUAGGCCAAUUGGCUCGACUAAUGCUGAGCGUAAGCAAAGGGAACGACUCAUCCUUUCUAACUUGGAGUUGAAACGUAAAGCUGAUACGCAUCUAGAGAGUAUGGCUAAAAAGAAGCCCAGCCUUGGCCCGACAAGUUCUUCAGCCUCCUCAUCUCAAAACAGUCGAAGUAGCGUCGCCGACGAAUUUAUUGAAGCUCAGCUAAAAACGCAUGGACCGGGUGCUCGUCUAAUGCGAAUCGCUCUUGGAAAGGAGGAACCGCCUUCUAGUGUUCAAAAACUUUCCAACGGGAUUAUAAUUUCAGAGCCUAUGAGUCCUGGCGAACUUCUUCGGCAACAUGCAUUUCGCAAGCAGGUGGUAUCCAUGACUCCAAAGUUAAGUGGCAGUCCUGGGGGAAUGGUCUCACUUGGGCCUAACAACCUUAAAGGGGACAGCAAGUUACGGGCAGCACGCAUCCUAAAAGGAGCUGCGAUCGCUGCAGUAGAUCCAAAUGCCGUUAAAAGAUCGGUAGACAAGAACCGAGUGCUACAAAAGGUGGAAGACGCAAAUAAAAAUGGAACAGAUGAAGCUGACAAAGAGAAGUUUAAAAACGUCAAAAACAAUUUAAAUGGCGCCAAUGUACCGAAAGGCAAGAAAAUAGUUUUAGGAAGAGAGGUAGAUGAAGACGAUGUUAAGAAAAUGUUAGCUCGCAAAUCUACCCACCAGCACGAGGUUGACGAGGUCGAAGAAGCAGCAAAGGAGGCGUACUUCGCUAAGCUUGAACGCAAGGAAGCGCUUGAACAGAAAAUGCUGUCAACAAUGUCCGUUAAGGUAAAGGUGGUUUCGUGUGCGACUUGUCGCUAUACAGCUGUCGCAGCUUCGGACUAUUGUCAAAAGCAAGGCCACGCAAUAAAGACCCACGAGGCAACUAAACGCUUCUUCCGUUGCUUGCUCUGCAAGAAUCGUACCAUCAGCUUUUGCAAAUUGCCAUCCAAGCCUUGCAGACGUUGCGAAAGCUCCGAGUGGGAACGAGUGGCAAUGUGGUCGGAGCGAGAGGGACCUCGAAUGGAUUAUGAGAUUCUUCAGCUUCGAGGCCAGGAAAAAAAAUUUAUUGACAGCAUAUAAUCACGUGACAAUCAUUGGCUGAACUGACGCCUGACUUAAUGCUACAUAAGUAGACUAGAGCUUGUGGUCACACAAUAUACAUUGAUGAAUUAUUUCUUAACAUUAUUGUGGAGCAAAAAUCGUUUUGUGGUACAGUGGAUGCCUUUUUGCACGAACAACUCAAAUAUCACACUAAGCAAAGUGAAGCUGUGGCUUUCGAAAUUAUGCUGUAGCCUUUUUGUCUGCAGCUUAAUAGCAAAGAUAAUAAUCAUUAAAACAACCUAUUAUCUGUCAAGACGUUUGAAGAUGUACUCACGUUAAAUGCUGUCACGUUAUGCAAUAUUUCACUACAAUGUUUGCGAAA